AUGAAGCGAUCCACGUCAUUCAUGAAGCGAUCCACGUCAGACGGCGCGGCGAGCUUCCGCGUCAGCAAACGUAGAGCCGUCACGACCAGCGCCGCGGGGGAGGCGGCGGGGGAGACCGCGGGGGCGCCGGGCGCGCGGAGCAAGGGGGAUGCGGGGCGGGGCGGGCCGUGGAUGCUGGUGGGGCUGGGGAUGAAAUACGAGGGCACGCGGCACAAUGUACGUUGCCGCUGGGCGUGCACGGGACUGGCCUGUAGGCUUUUAGUCGAUCUCCUCCCCAUGCUCUUCCCCACCCCUCCUCUUACUCCCCCUACCCCUCUCCUCUUCCUCCCCCUCCUCCCACCCCCCUCUCUCCUGCUUUCCUUCCCCACCAAGUGGGCGUCGAGCUCUGAGCGCCAUGCAGAGCAGGGCCGUGGAGGGAGGGAGGGCAAGGGGCGCAUUGCGUAUCCCAGUGCUGCUGACCUCUUCCUCCCGUUUCCCCCUCUCUCCUUCUCACCUCCCCACCAGGUGGGCUUGGACGCCACAGCCAGGGCGGAGGUUAUAAGCCUGAGCGCCAUGCAGAGCAGGGCGAUGGUGGGCUUCGAGGUGAUAGACGCUAUAGCCAGAGCGGAGGGUAUAAGCCUGAGUGCCAUGCAGAGCAAAGCAGUGGUGGGCAAGGGGCGCAUUGCUGCGUGCCCUGUGCUGCCGGUGAAGCCGCAGACGUUCAUGAACCUCAGUGGGGAGAGCGUGAGAGAAAAAGCGAGUGGUAAGUAG